AUGACAAACAAAUACACCAUUGCAGUUCUCAACAUGUCCGGGUCCGGGUCGUCCGGAUCUACUCAAAGCUAUACUAUAAGCUACGCAGAUGGAGCUGUCCCCUCUACCAAGACCUUUUCAGUCGACAUCAAUGAUCAGAAGGUCAAGACUUUUGAGCUUGCGUUUACAGAGGUCGUCUUCAAAAUCAUGGUAAACCCGAGCGGUGAACCAAAUGCCGAAUUCAUUCUUGGCGUGAAUGGGCAGGGUAUGUCGGCAAAUGUAAAACACGAGGAGAAUAAUACACUGGCAGUUGAGAUUGUAUGA